GUCUUUUUAAACUUCUAAUCCUUUAAGCUUGUCAAGUAGACUUUGGAAUUCCUCUUCCAACGACCUUUCUUACUAUAAUGGUGACAUGCACCUUUUUUUAUUUUUGAUGUUGCCAGCAGGCUUAAUAGCCUUCUUUCUUUAUAUCCCCUUUCUUAUCAACCUACUUAAUUUUCUUCUUCUUCUUGACUGACUUUUUCUUGGCUUUAGAUAAAGAAACUAGAUUCAGGCUUUUGAUUCUUAAUAAACUUUUGCAAACAUGUUUAUCAUCAACGAAAUUUUUUCUUUGAUAAUUAUUGAGGAUUAUCGAUGAAAUAUCGAUAGAAUAUGCCUAUGAAAAAAUUUAGCCAUCAUUGACGGAAUACUGAUGGAAUUUAUUAAUGAAUUUAAUUCUGUUAGUAAUCAAUAGAUAAAAUAUAACAUGAUUUAUCGUAAAAAUUAAUAACGAAAAUUUUCAUCGAUAAUUAUUGUACCAACAGAUUGCCGACGAAAAAUUUUAUUGGUAAAAAAAUCACUAAAAUCAAACCCCUCCUUCUCUCCUCCUUCCUUUCUCCCUGAUCUCCCUCAUCAAUUCCCCCUACUCCCGAUAGUCUUUUGUGUUUUUGGACAGUUGAAGUUGAAGGCUUUGUGUCGUGUGGAAAUGGUGACUAAAGCUGUACCGGCUUCCUUUCCGGGUUUGAAGGGCAGGGACUCAAGCUUAGGAUUUGCAAAAAGCAUGGAUUUUGUCAGAAUUUGUGAUUUGAAGAGAAUUAAGUCUGGUAGAACAAGAAUCUCCGUGAUUAGGAAUCAGAAUCCCGGUCCGGAUAUUGCUGAACUUCAGCCUGCAUCAGAAGGGAGCCCACUCUUAGGUAAUGAGAAUAGCAGACAAAGAAGCAGUAUUGUGCGGAUAACCGUUCAAGGGAAGAGAGAGGCUGAUGCCUGUUUUGAAAUAAAAAACUCUCUGGUACAAACUGUAAGAUCCUUAUUUAUUUCUGAUCUUUAUUAUAUAUACAUAUAUAUUUAUUUAUUUUCUUACAAUUAUACUUGUUUAUUUUGAAUUGUGACAAAGAAAUGCAUGCAACUG